UGGGUGAUACCUAUUUUAUAUUUUUCAGUAGGAUUUUCGUAUCUCCUGGACGACCUCGUGACCGCGGUGUUUCAGUCCUAUAAGAGGGAGGUGCGGCCGUACUGUGACGACAUACGGGACUCCCCUGUAGUGGUCACUAUAGACCUGGGGGUCAGACAGCUGGUAGAUCUGAAUGAGCCUAAACAGACCAUUGACGUGACGGCAUGGAUGAGAGUGGAUUGGGUCGACUGCAGGUUAAGGUGGAAUAAGUCGCACUAUAGCGGAAUAGACAGGCUGGCUGUCCCACAGGACAAAAUCUGGAUUCCCGAUCUCACCCUCUACGACACAACUGACGUGAAGGGACUACCGGGGAUGAAGGACUAUAGAGCCGUCGUCAACAGCAAUGGCCGGGUACAAUAUCAGUUUCCCUCUAGCGUCCGGACGUCAUGUGCAAUCGACGUCUAUCACUUUCCGUUUGAUACCCAGGAAUGUCGCCUGGUAUUUGGGUCGUGGAUCUACACUGGCGCAGAGGUGCACAUCGUCAACAAAAGUUCCACCCUGGAUAUGUCUAGUUACGUCAACAACACGGAAUGGGACGUCACGAGAGCUGACGCCUCCAGUGUUAUCACCUAUUACAGUAAUGUAUCCUAUCCAACAAUGGAGUGUAUCUUGGGGUUAAAGAGGAAACCUUUGUUCUACGUGAUGAACCUGUUAUUUCCGUGCUUCUUGGUGUCCUUUAUGGCCGGUCUUGGCUUUAUCCUGCCCCCUGAAGCCGGAGAGAAGGUCAAUCUGGAGAUCACUGUCCUUCUAUCCCUGGCAGUUUUCCAGCUGGUCAUCGUAAACAUGAUUCCGGCGUCAGGAGAAAAUCCACCUUUAUUAGCUAUUUACUUUCUCGUGUCGAUGAUCUUGGUUGGUCUGUCCUGUCUUAUGACAGUGUUAGUUCUCAACAUACAUUACAAGAAGAGCGGUCACGUGUCCUCAACAGUUAGGAAAUACGUCAUCAGGCCAUUGCAGACGAUAACGUGUGUACAUGCGCAGUACGACCACGAUAAAAACGAUAACUUGUACAUCGAACGUUAUAAAAGAAAAGGAAACAUUUUCCAUUUUCCUUACCCAGAAGAAUGUAAGCGACGUCAAUAUAUAGACAAUGAAAGCCAAAAACAACAGCAGCCUCUUACUGUGGGGUUUGAGGGACAAUUACUGGAAAUAUUGAAGGAAAUAAGGGAGUGUAGUGCCUCUAUCCUCGCCAAACAGGAGAGGGAACCAGAGAGUCUUGACUGGUCCUCUGUCGCUGUGGCCCUAGACAGAGUGUUCUUUGUUGUUUACCUGUUGUUCAGUAUUGUUGUGUCUCUCUCCAUUAUGCUGCAGGCAGCAUUGGGGAAAUAAACGUAGACUGUGCCAUUAAUAGAGACAAUGCGCCACGAAACGAAGGUUUCAUUUAUGCAUAAUUUUGGAUAACAAGUAGUUAAUAUUGUGCACAAUGUUGGUAUUUACUAAUUCAGUUGGUAUUUUUUGUGUUUGUUCAUGUUCUUUGAAAAUAACUAGACUCUAUAAAAUGGCAGUCUCUUCAUUUUCUCUCCAAAUACUUUAUACAAAUUGGUCCUGUAGUUUUUAGCUCUACUGGUCAGAGACCAUAAGAGCUCAUGCGAUAGUAAGGUGUCUGUCGUCUGCCCAGCUGUCUGUCUGUCUGUCUGUCUUUCCGUCCUGUAAACAAUUUUUCAAAAUGCUACUCCUCUCACAGUUUUGAUCUGAUUUCAAUAUAAUUUUGGCACACAAGUAGACAAGACAAGGUACAUAAUCUAGUGCAUCGGUUUUCGAUGAAUGGUGUUGCCAUUUACUAAUAAUAGAAAUGAUUGUGAAAUACUUUGAAAAUGCUACUUCUCCCACAGUUUUGGUCUGAUUUCAAUAAAACUUAGUACACAAAACUAAACUAUACUAAAAUGCAUAAUUUAUUACAUCAAUAAACGAUGUUGCCAUAGUAACCGGUACUAAAAAUAGAAAUUUCUGUGAAAUUCCUUUAUGAUAUACUUUCAAAAUACUACUUCUCCCACAGUUUCGGUGUGAAUUUGUCCCAAAAAGAAACUUAAUGAAGAAUCAUUAUUAUAUUUAUUGCUGUUAUUAAGUUUCAAGUUCCAAUGGCUAGUAGUCUUCUCUUCCUCUGU